CAAUGGAGGAGCAUUCUGCAAAAUGGAUAAUUAGAGGGAAUAAGCUGUUGGAUGAAACAGCAGCUACUAGUAUCAGAGGUUAUCUGAGUAUGCUGUAUGAUCAUCUUGACAAAGAUGAUCAAAGGCCUGUAGUUCCCCUUUCCCAUGGUGAUCCCUCAGCAUUUGCAUGCUUUAGGACCAGUCCGGAAGCAGUAGAUGCUAUUGUCCAUGCGGUUCAAUCAGCUGAGUUCAAUUCUUAUGCUCCUACUAUUGGAAUCCUUCCAGCAAGGAGGGCUGUAGCGGAAUAUCUUUCUGCAGACCUUCCAUACAAUCUAUCAGCAGAUGACAUUUAUCUCACAGUUGGUUGUACACAGUCAAUAGAAGUCAUAUUAUCUGCUCUUGCUCGUCCCGGUGCCAAUAUUCUGCUUCCUAGACCAGGAUAUCCGCUGUAUGAAUCACGGGCGAGUUUUAGCAAGCUUGAAGUACGCCAUUUUGAUCUUAUACCAGAAAAAGGUUGGGAGGUUGAUCUUGAAUCAGUUGAAGCCCUUGCAGAUGAGAACACUGCUGCCAUUGUUAUUAUAAGCCCUGGAAAUCCCUGUGGAAAUGUUUUCUCUUACCAACAUUUGAAGAAGGUUGCAGAGACUGCAAGAAAACUUGGGAUUUUUGUGAUUGCUGAUGAAGUUUAUGGCCAUAUAGCAUUUGGAAGCAAUCCAUAUGUACCAAUGGGGGAGUUCGGAUCCAUUGUUCCUGUUCUUUCUCUCGGGUCUAUAUCAAAAAGAUGGAUUGUUCCGGAUUGGCGAUUUGGUUGGAUUGCAACUUGUGAUCCUAAUGGCAUCCUUAAGAAAUAUGGGAUAGCGGACAGCAUUAAGAGCUAUUUCAACAUCUCAAGUAACCCUGCAACCUUUGUCCAGGCUGCAAUUCCUCAAAUCUUUGAGAAAACAAAAGAAGAUUUCUUUUCAAAAACUAUUAACAUAAUGCGAGAAGCCGCGGAUAUAUGUUAUGAAAAAACCAAGGAGAUCCCUUGUGUUACUUGCCCACACAAACCUGAUGGAUCCAUGUUUGCUAUGGUAAAACUAAAUCUUUCCUUGCUGGAAGAUAUUAGUGAUGAUAUGGACUUCUGUCUCAAGCUGGCCAGAGAAGAAUCUGUGAUUAUUCUGCCAGGAGUGGCUGUGGGACUGAAGAAUUGGCUCCGGAUAACAUUUUCCAUUGAACCACAGUCUCUUGAACAAGGCCUCGACAGGAUGAAAGCAUUCUGUCAAAGGCACAGCAGGAAGUGAUAAGAUACACCAAGUCUAAGAUCAAGUGAUGGUGCUGACAAUCUCUCAAGGUGCCAUCAAGUUUCUUAAAUUCUACACUACCUUAUCUAAUAUGGAAAGUGUCUUAAGAGGACAGCAAAAGUUGUCCCAUCUAGUCAAGAAAUAAAAACCCAUCUGCCUGUAACCACAUCAGAAGAGGGGGUGCUGGAAGAGAUCAACAACUUCUCAUGGUGUCACUGAAGUUCCUUCAAAUAUAAAAAAUCAAAGUGUUAUUACAUGUUUGUGCUUGUAAAAAACCUGUCCAUCAGAGUCUUGAAUACUAUGCAAGGGCAAGGAGCUGUCCCUCCUGUCCCUCUCUUCAGUCAUAGAAUUACAAAUUUGCAACUUUUCCUUGAUUUUUCCUGAAGUUACAAA